AUGAGUUCCAAUAAUAUCCGUCAGGAUGAGGAUAAACAAAUAUAUGAUGUGUUCAACCUAUCUCCUCCCUCGAUUACAAUUAAAGAAGAAACUACCAACCAAUCUAUAGAUAGAACCAUACUAUCGCAACCCGAGAAUUCGAAUCAAAUGCAUUACUAUCAAUAUAAUGAAGCUCAAGCAUUAUCAUUCCCACUGGGUUCUCAUCAACAACCUCAUCUACAACAAAAUCAGGAAUAUUCUGAAUCAUUCGAACCACCUCCAGCACCAACUGUUGAGUUGACAACUGACCCAUUACCAAACUUCAGUAUGCCUUCAGGUGGUAUAUAUAUGACUGAUAAUGCAUCGGAUAUUUCUUUGAAUACAAAAGACUUGCCACAAUUUACGACUAAUGACUAUUUAUCACCAUCAUCACAAGUAAGUAAUCAAUUUUCUCCAGGUCAUUACCAACAAUCACUGCAAGAUUUUCUUCAAGUUAAUUCAAAUUUGAAUGUUAACAAUAACAGCAAUAGUAAUUUGCUUAAUCCUAGAUCUCCGAGUCAGUAUUCCACUCAUUCAUUGUAUUCAGAAAAUUCAUCACAACCUGCAUCACCUUACUUGGACGCUGUUUCACAUGUGAGUAACAAUAGUUUUAUUCCACCAAAUAUUCCAACUGCAUAUUCCGAUGUUGGAUCUAAUCGUGGAGGAGUUCCCGGCUCAAAUAAUAAUUUGGUUCCUAAUCAUUUUGAUACAGUAAAUGAUUUUUUGACAGCUGAAAUUGCCCUUGGUGGAUCAAUAAGUUCAACAAACCUCCCAGCGAUGGAGAAUGCAAAGCAAGAUGGAUUCGGAAAUCUGAAUUUUAUGGAGAAUAAACCUUACAAUCAGGAAAGUUUCACGGUACCACAAUUCAAAACCGAACCCGAAGGUGAUCAAUAUAUUUUUUCAAAUCCACAAAUGAACUUUGAUUUUGACAUUACUGUUACUCCUCCGCCGCAACUGGAAUCUAAACAAUUUCCACCACAAGGUAGUCAAUUUGAUAUCAUGAGUACUGCUGCUACCAAUAAUUCAAAUCAAUUAUUGACAGAGAAUAAUUUAACAAAUUAUAAUCAAUUGCAGCUGCGUAAAGGAACUGAUGAGAAUUUAGAAGUAGAACGUGAUGCAACCGGAAUCAUUAUUUCAAUUAACCAAGCUCCCGAAGUCAUUGCAGCCAAAACACCGUCUUUGUUUAGUAAUUCAUCAGCAAAUUCAUCUAUGCAUAAUUCGCCAAGAAGUGAUGUUGAGUCCAAUACCAAUAAUAAUGGUAAUAAUAAUAACUCAUCUAAUGGCCUUAUACCGAAUUCACAACUUUUGUCACCUUCAGCAAAUUCUGGAGGUGAUAAUAAAGACUCUUUAAGUCCAGAGGAAUUUCAAUCCAUGAAACGUGGUCGAAGGAAAAGUCAUGCAUCUAAAUCCAAUCCUAGUGUUUCACCCCGGUCCAAAUCUCCAAAUGAUGAAAGUGAAGAGAAAUUACAAUCUCGUGAAAAAAUGUUGGAAUUGGCUUUACCAACAAGUUCAUCAAAACGAACACAAAAACACCCGUCAUUGUAUGGUUGUCAUUUAUGUGAGAAGAGAUUUACUCGACCUUAUAAUUUGAAGUCACAUAUUCGAACGCACACACAAGAGAAACCGUUUAUAUGUUCACGAUGUGGGAAAUCAUUUGCUCGACUGCAUGAUAAAAAACGACAUGAAUUAUUACAUCAAGGUGUUAAAAAUUUCAAAUGUGAAGGUUUCUUGCAGGAUGGAACCAAAUGGGGAUGUGGGAAACUGUUUGCUCGAGCUGAUGCAUUAAGAAGACAUUUCCAAACGGAAGCUGGUAAACAAUGUGUUAAACGAUUAUUAGAAGAAGAAAAUUCAAAUAAUAUACUUAAAGAAGCCACAAAUGGUGGAGAUGUGGAUCGAGGUGGAGGAAAUGAUGAUGGCGAUGAUGAUGAUGAUAACAAUGAUGAUCAAUUGCUAACCUCAUCCUCUUCAAAAUCAACUUACUCAUAG